AUCCGGUCGGGAUACUCGAAAGAUCGACUAUUCCAGGCAAUCAUUGAGCACCCGGAAGAUCAUUGCGCAUUCCCACUGCGCGACAGCCUAUUAUGGUAUCAACCGUGUGCUGACUGUGAAGUACUGUGCGUCCUGCAAAUAACGGUACAUUGUCGAGUACUCCCUGAGAUUAUUCUCAGUGAAGCACAUACUGCCAUUGGACACUUAGGUACUUGUCGCAUGUCAGAC